UCAAGUGGGAGUUGUUUACAAAACUUCGGUGAUACACACGUGUUAUAGUUGUUUUUCCCUGGACAUUUGCAAUUAAAAAUGGGUAAAGUGAAGAAACAGAAACGUCACCUUAAAUUUCGUUAUGAUAAAGACAGAAAGAAGAACUGGAAAAAAGCUAAGGGAAUGCCUACGAUUAAGUGUGAAGAAAUCAAGAAGGCAUGGGAUGAAACAAAAACACUUGACAGAAAUCUGGAGGAGAUGGGAAUAUCUGUUGAUCCUAACAAGACUUUCCCUGUUCCUAAGUCAAAGGUGACAAAAAUGGGAAUGCUUGAUGUAGAAAUGGAAGUUGAUUUACAAAAGACACCAGUGAAAAAUUUUGUCAUUCAAGAUCUUGAAGAGAAAUCCAAAAUAUCAGGUCCAAAGAAAAUGAGCAUGUCAGAAGAAGAUGCUGGAUUCUGUAUUUACUUGAUGGAUAAAUAUGGUGAUAAUUAUAAGGGUAUGUCUAGAGAUGAAAGAAAUUUUUACCAAGAAACACCCAAACAACUUCAGCGCAAGAUCAAUCGAUUUAAAAGUAUCCCUGAAAUGUACAAAGUGUAUGCGGAAGCCAGACAAGCAACGCCAGAAAAGUGCCGGACACCCCUGGUCACCCUGUCCCCCACCAGGUACCUGACACGUCGCACUGAGGCCUGUCGCAGGAAUGGACAUUUUGUCACGCCUACAUCCUUGGAAACUGAUGCUGUGUUUGUUAGAGAUGCCCCCCUGUGUCGAGUUCGACGCAAGCUUCAGUUUGGCAGAAAACCACCCAAGGAAAGAGUGGUGAAAGACACCUAAAGUAGAGGGGCUGAAGAGAAACAAUGCAACACACUAUUUGUUGAGCCACUGAACAUAGGAUCUGGUCGAGCCUAUCAUAGACAGACUCAGAUGUAACAAUGUUCUUGGUUGGUUAAAAAUAUAUUUUGUAAUAAGUACUACCAUUUUUAUUUUUUUAAGAAAACUAGUUAAUGAAACAUUUUGAUUUGAUAAUUCUGUAUACAAGUACUAGGCAUAAAGUAAGAACAUCCUAUAUUAUGAGAUAAUUCGAGUUUUACACUAUAGCUUAAUCUAGAGUUAAUCAGCAACCUAAUCUAGAGU